AUGGAACGAUACACGGUCUUAACGGAUAGCAUUAUGUAUGAUAUUCUAAGAAAUGAAAGCGGCGACCCAAGAAUGCUCGAAGCACGAAAGUUAUUACUGAAAAUCCAGCGACGAGAAUUGUAUAAGUUUUGUGGCCAGACACAGCCGGGCUCCGAAACAGAUUUCCCGAGUGAAAGUGAGAUUGUGGAUGAUUUAGUAUCAAUUUCAGAAGGUGCUUUAAAGGCGGAGCAAAUAUUUGUAUCGAUUGUUAACAUCCAUUUUGGAAUGAAACAUAAAGAUCCUGUUGAUGCGGUCGUGUUUUAUAAUAAAUCCUACCAACCCUUCAAAGUUCGCAAGGAACAAGUCAGCCAGAUUCUUCCACAAAAGUUUCAUGAGCGUUAUGUGCGCGUGUACGCGAAAUCACGCGAGGAUUCCGUGACAAUGCGGCGAUGCUUCGAGGCGUGGUGUUCCAACAAGGGUUACCCGGUACCACAUAUAUUAGAGGGUGAUUGUACCAGGUAUUCUUCGCCCGCACCUAACUUGAUUCAAGGGUCAAAUCAUGGAGCAGUGGCUUCGGUCGUACGCUCAUUGAAAUUGUGA